GGGGUCAGGACAGGGGAGAGAGCAUGGGAGAGAGAAAGAAAAGAAAUUGUUUACCAUGGCGGACAGCGUGGACAUGGUAGGUGCGGACUCAAUUCGUAACAUGAAGGUUGCUGACCUGAAGAAAGAACUCAAGGCCAGGGGCCUUUCCACGGCGGGAAACAAAAGUGAACUGGCAGAGCGCCUUGAAGCCGCUCUUGGAUUGCCCAAAGCAGACAUGAGCGACGUGCAGAUUGAUGAGGGUCUGGACCAAGGUGUGGAUGUGAAUGAAGAUGAGGCCCUCCUCGAAGAGAGCCUGCUGCUUCCCGCAGAGGGCAAGGCCAACAACGGCGACGUUUUUGCUGGUGAAGAAGAGCUGCUGGCAACACCUGUCACGAAGGAACCACCAGCGGCUGCAAAGUUGAGCCUGGAAGCUAGCAACCUCACGGCGUCAUCCAUAGCUGCUGCUGCUCCUGCUGCUAUACCUCAAAAGAUUGUCGUCGCACCUACGCCCAUUGAGCCAGCCUCGAACGAAAGCGAGGCCAAGAAGGUUCGGCUGAAAGUGACAGCCCUAUCCGGAGGUGAUGCGACUGCUGCGACGACUGGUGCUCCCAAGGGGCCCACAAAGGGACUUUCUGUGGAAGAGAGGAUAAGCCUUCGUUCCAAGAAGUUCAACAUGCCACUUUCAGACACUGCACGGCUCAAAGUACGGAUGGAGAGAUUUGGUGCUGCAGCCCAGAACAGCCCAGCUGCAUCUAAGGACACCACCAAGACAAGCUCAGUGAAACUGUCCCGGACUUCCAUUUCUGCGAACCCACCCCCUGUUGACUUGGCAAAGUUGAAGAAGAGAGCCGAGCGGUUUGGCCAGAGCGUGUCUACUGUGGCAAAAGAUUUGGAAGAGAAGGAGCGACUUCUAAAGAGGAAGCAACGGUUCAACUCCACACCAGCAGCAGAUGUUUCAAAGAAGGCUAAGACAAUCACCACCUAGACUCAACAUUUUUGCUGCUUCAGAGAGCUGACGCAGGCACAAAAUGGAUGACUGCUCUCCAGGAGCUGCUGGAGGUUUAAUUCAAUGUUCACCAACCCUCAUCAACAUCAUUGUGUUCUUUGUUACAAAGUUAAUAAAUUAUUCAUAUCAUUUAGUAAAAA